CGAUGCAGAUCAAAAUGGACUUGGAGACUCUUGUGAAAAUGAUAUUGACAGCGAUGCUGAUGGUGUUCCUAACAGUCUGGACAAUUGCAUGAUGGAGCCAAACAGUGCACAGCUUGACACAGACAAUGACGGCCAAGGAGAUGAAUGUGACGAUGACGAUGACAACGACACCGUCCUUGAUGAUGUUGACAACUGUCGUCUCGUGCCCAAUAUGGACCAGGCCGACUUUGACGGAAACGGUGUCGGAGAUGUCUGCACUCUUGACUUCGACAAGGACGGCGUGAUGGACGCCGACGACGUGUGUCCAGAAAAUAACAUUGUCAGCAGCACGGACUUCAGGAACUACGUAACGGUCAACCUCGGAGACGCCAACUCCAACAACCCCGCACCACAAUGGGAGUUUCUUAACGAGGGUGCAGAGAUAACACAAGAGCUGAACAGCGACCCUGGAAUGAUUCUUGGCACGACAAGGUUCGGCAGUGUGGACUACCGCGGAACCUUCUUUGUGAACACCCAGGUAGAUGACGACUUCGUGGGGUUCGUCUUCAGCUACCAGAGCAACUCCCGCUUCUACCUGGUGUCAUGGAAACAGGCAGGGGACGGCAGCGGCGGACAGGCAGGAGUUCAGCUAAAGCUGGUAGACUCAACGACUGGACCUGGUCAGGACCUGGCAUUGGCUCUGUGGAAGGCAGCAGAGGUCCAGGGACAGACGAAGCUGCUGUGGGAAGAUCCGAACAAGCUCGGCUGGAGUGACAAGACUGCUUACCGCUGGGAAAUGAAGCAUCUCCCUGCCGUCGGAUUGAUCAGGUGAAUCAUGU